AUGUCUGGAAGUGCAGAAACCGAACUACGCCAAGUGCAAGGCCUGGAAAGAGGCAACGCAUCUACGCAAAAUGAUACGAUAGAGCAUCCCGAGCCCAUAUACCAGCGCUCAAGUCAAACAAACGCGGUCUUGGGAAGCACAGCUUUCCAAGACGUUGACCUGGAAAGAGGGGAGGGUCUUGGGCCUUCUACCAUCAACAAAGCCAAAAAGGAUUCAAAGAAGAAGAAGAGAUAUGUCUUUGGAGUUCCUGACAAUCCCUUUGACGACUCAGAAUCGGACAAUGAAUGGAUGCGGCGCACUGGUAAGACACACUUGUCGCCUGCACUCGAACUGGAAUCUAAGCGUUUCACAGAUGAAAACGAGCCAAAGCCAGAAAACAACAAUUCCGACCAAGGCUCUGAGCAGCGCCAGAGUACUUGUUGUCAGAGUAUUUCGAGGCUCGCCCAUAAGAUACCAUUCGUAGCGUACGUUUGGUUCGCCCUUGUUAUAUUUCUCCUGUUGCUGGGAGGCGCCAUGACUCUUCUAGUGCUAUUACCCCAGGGAAAGAAAUAA